AUGAGAAAAAAAAUAAUAUUCUUUUCAAUAUUAUUAAUUUUUUUUUUAUUUAUUAAUAAAUCGUUUCAACAAUUUGACAAUUCUCAAUUACAAUCACUACAAUCACCACAAUCGCCACAAUCAUCACAAUCAAUCAAUGAAAUUAAUUUAUAUGUAAAUAAAAAUGGAAAUGAUACAAGUGGUGAUGGUACAAUAACUUCACCAUUUUUUAGUAUAUGUAAAAUAUUAAAUUUAAUUAAUCAAACAUCACCAUCACAACCAAUAAUAGUUAAUAUUGGAAUUGGCAAUUAUUCAUGCACUUAUUGCAUACGUUAUCAAUUUGAAAAUUUUAUUGAUAUUAAAUUUCAACAAUAUUAUUAUAUAAAUGAUACCAUUAAUAAUAAUAAUAAUAAUAAUAAUAAUAAUAAUAAUAAUAAUAAUAAUAAUAAUAAUAAUAAUAAUAAUAAUAAUAAUAAUAAUAAUAAUAAUAAUAAUAAUAAUAAUAAUAAUUAUGAAGUAAUAAUAAUAAAUUUAAAUUUAAUGUUUUCAAAUAGUAGAAUUGAAAUUAAUGGUAUUCAAUUUAUAUAUGAACAAGUGGAUAUUGGGAAUAUGAUAUUAGUAAUUGAUAAUCAAUCAGAAUUUAUAUUAAAUGAUUCAAAAAUUCUAUUUGAUGGAUCAUUUAAUUUAACUUAUUAUUUAAUUUCAGUUGAAAAUAAUUCAACAUUAAUGCUUUACAACCAAUCAACUAUAGAGCAAAAUAAUAAUUAUUCAUUUAAAAUUUAUUUUUUAACAUCAAAAUUAACAAUUUAUAAUUCAACAUUAACAAAUCAAUAUAUUACAUUUAAUGGUGGUGAAAAUAGUAAUUUACUUGGACUAUUCUUAAUAAAUUAUUCAACAUUUAAUUAUUGUUUCUUUUUUACAAAAGGUUAUUCAAAUUUAUAUCUUACAAAUGUUGAUGUUAUCGGUGGAUAUUUCGAUACAAGAUUACUUGGUAGUAAAACAAAUAAUAGUGAAUUUAUAAUUAAUAAUUGUAAUAUAAUAAUUAAAAAAUGUAAAGGAUUUUGUAAUGGAAUAAAUAAUUAUUUUGAAAUUGGAUAUGGUAUAAAAUUUAAUUUAAUAAAUUCAAAAUUACAAGCAGAUUCAAAUGAGGAUACAAAUUAUCAAUCAAUUUUAUAUGGUACAGAUAAAUCAAUAAUAACAAUCGAAAAAGUUUUAUUUAAAAAUUUAUCAACAUUUAAAUCUUUUAUAAUUGUAAAUGAUUGUGAAAUAAUAUUUAAUGAAAAUUUAGGUACUAAAAUUAAUACAAAAUCAUUCAUUAAAUUAUAUUCAAGUAAUUUAGAAUUGAAUUCAUUAGAUUUUCAAAAUUUUCAAUUCAUAUCUACUUCUCAAGGAAACGAAAAUAAUUUUAUUUUCAUUGAAAUUAAAUCAUUACCAUCAAAUUUAACAAUUACAAAUUUAAAUUAUAAUUUUAAUGGUUUUCCAAUUUUAAUUUAUAAUAUUGAUAAUAAUAAUAAUUCAAAUAAUAGUUCAAAUGAUAAUGGUUUAGAUAGUUUAGAUAAUUCAAAUAAUAAUAUGCCAAUUGUUGAAUUAUUUAAUUCAACAUUUUUAAAUAUUCAAGGAUUUAAAUUUAAAAAUUCAAUAAUUAAAUUUAAAAAUGUAACAAUUGAAUCAAUAAAUAAUGAUAAUAAUAAUUUAUUUGAAUUUUUAGAAUCUACAGAGUUUGAAUGUGAAGAAUGUUUUUUUAAAAAUCCAAUUUUAAGUAAUAGAAUUUAUUUAUUUUCAAUUUUAUCAAAAUCAUCAAUUAAUUUAUUAAAUUGUAAAAUUACAAAUUCAUCAUUAAUUGCAUUGAUUGAGAAUGAAUCAAGUGCAAAAUUUGAAAAAACAAUAUUUACAGAACUAUUUUCAACAGUUGGUGAAGUUUUAAAAUGUAAUUCAAAUUGUAGGUUGAUAAUUGAAGAUUGUAAUUUUGAAAGAGUUUAUUGUAUUACUAGUAAUUUUUUAUUAAUUUCAAAUUCAUCAAGAUUGGAAAUGAGUGGUACAUUAUCAAAUUUUGGUAUUGGUAUUGAACCAUUUGCAAUUAUAAAUAGUAAUAGUUUUGUUUAUGUAGAUGGUAUUACAAUGAAUAGUACUGUAUUUCAGACGAAUUUAUUCUCAAUUGAUUCUUCAUCGAAUUUGGAAUUCUUUAAUUCAGAAUUUAAUGGAUUAUUUAGUUUUGGUACAAUGUUUUUAGUUUAUGAUGAUUCUAGACUAUCAUUUGAAACUACCUCAUUGAUUGGAAAUACAUUUUCAAUAUUAAUAGAUUCAAAAGAUUCAAUAAUUGAUUUUAAAAAUAUUGAAUAUGUUAAUAAUUUAGGUAAAUUAUUAUCAAGUUUAGGGGAUCAUAUUGAUUUUGAGUCAUUCAAAAUCGAUAGUAUUAAAGGUAUAUCAUUUGUUAAUUUAUUCACAUUUAAUGAUUCACGUGUACAUUUUACAAAUAUAACCAUUUCAAAUAAUUAUUUUAUGGGUAGUGUUAUUGAAUCAUAUAAUUCGGAUUUGGAAUUUACUGAAUUUAAUUUCAUAUCAAAUGAGAAUCUUUACAAUUUAAAUGAAAAUAUUAGAAUUUCAUCAUCAAUGUAUUUUGUUGAAAAUACAAAUGUGGAAUUUGAAGAUUCAACAAUAUUAUUUAAUAUUCAAAAUAGUGAUCAUUUCAUUUAUAUUGGUAGUGAUAGUAAAUUAAAAUUUACUCAACAAUCAAACAUUCAAGGUAACAAUAUUUUAUCAAGUGGUUCUUAUUUAAUUUAUUCAAGUGAAUCUGAUAUUAUAAUUGAUUAUUCUUCAUUUAAAUCAACUCAUUCAGUAACUGGUUCAAUUGGUUUAUUUAGUCAAUCAUCAAUUUCGAUGAAUAAAGCACUUUUUACAAAUAAUUCAAAUUCUUUUAAUGGUGGUGUAGCUUAUAUUGAUGAAACUUCAAAAAUCUCUAAAUUACAAUCAUCAUUUUUUCAAUUAAAUUCUGCAUCAAUUGGUGGUGUUUUUUAUACUGAAUUAAUUAAAUAUCAAUUAUUUAAUAAUAUAUCUUUUCCAAAUAAUUAUUUUGGUAAAAAUAAAGCAAUUUAUGGUGAUAUUAUAGCUUCAGUACCAAGUAUUGUUAGUAUUGAAUUACCAGAUUUAAAUUCAAGUUUAUCAAAACCAACAAUUAAAGUUGAAGAUUUUUAUAAAAAUUUAAUUUCAGAUAGAGUUUAUUUAUCAAAUGUAACAAUUUCAAAAGUAACUCUUUAUAAUUCAAUAAUUGUUAAAAAUGAACAAGUUGUAUUAAAAGGUGGUUUUGGUACAUUUGAUUUCCAAUUUAAUGCUCCACCAAAUGUUAAUUAUUUUUUAGUAAGUGUAUUAAUUAAAGAAUUAAAUAUAUCUGUAGAAAUUAAAGCAAAUAGAACAGUUUGUAAAGAUUAUCAAAUUUAUAAUAAUGAAACUGGUAUAUGUACAUCAUGUCCAAUGGGUUCUUAUAAUUAUCAAGGAUCAUGUAAAAUUUGUUCAGAAAAUAUAAUUUGUAUGGAAAGUGAUAUUCAUUCAAUUAAUAAUUAUUAUUUAAUUAUUCAAAAUAAUAAUAAUAAUAAUAAUAGUAGCAAUAAUAGUAGCAAUAGUAGUAGCAGUAGUAGUAUUAGUAGUAGUAGUAGUGGUAGUAAUGAUAAUGAUGAUAAUAACAAUAAUGGUAUUGGAUUUUUAAAAGUUUAUGAAUGUUCAAUUGGAGUUUGUUUUGAAAAAAAUAAAUGUUUAAAUGAAUUAUAUCGUGGUAAUUUAUGUUCAAGAUGUAUUAAUGAUACAGAUUAUGGAAAUGAUGAUGAAUUUGAAAUGUAUCCUUCAAAUGGAAAGAAUUUAGUUAGAUGUUGUAAAGAUUUUAAAUCAAUUUUAUUUUUACCAUAUGUUUUAUUUUUAAUAAUUUUUGGUUUAAUUUUAUCAUUAUUUAAAUAUAAUUUAUCAACAUUAAUAAUACCAAUAGUUUUAAUGAUUCAAAUUAAUUCAAUUAUUUUCAUUUCAUAUCCUGGUAUUUAUUUAUUACAAUUAUUUAGAUUUUCAAUUGAUUUCAUUGAUGAUAUUUGUAGUUUUAGAUUAAUAUAUUAUUGGAAAUCAUUUUUAUCAUUAAUUUCAAUAUUGGUGGUUUUUUCAAUUGGUUUUUCAAAUUUAUCAUUUAAUAUAAUUAAUUCAUCAUCAUCAAUUCUACCACAAAUUGCUAAAAGAAAUUUAAUGAAUUUCAAAUUGAUUGAAAAAAAUUAUAAAUUACAUAUUAAAUUUAAAAAUGAUUUUAAAAGAAAUUUAAAAGUAAAAUUUAAUUUAAUUAUUUUAUUAUUUCAACCAUUAUUAUUUAAUUUAUUCUCUUUAGUAAUUUCAAAAGAAAUUAAUUCAAUCAAUUAUUUAUUAAUUGAUAUUUCAAUAAUUUUUAAAAAUUCAACUCAUUCAUUAUUUUAUUCAAUUUCUUUAAUUUUAUUAAUUUUAAUAUUUUUAAUUUUAACAAUUUUAAUUUUAAAUUGUUUUUUUUAUAAAAUAAUUUAUAAUAAUGAUAAUAAUAAUAAUAAUAAAAAUAAUAAUAAUAAUAUAAAUAAUAAUAAUAGUAAUAGUAAUAAUAAUUUUUAUUAUAAUAAAUUUAUUAAAAUUAUUUCAAUUGGUUCAACAUAUUUAUUAUUUAAUAAUAAUAAAAAAUCAAAUGAAUAUAGGGAUCAAUUUAAAUGGUGGGAUUUUAUUAUAAUUUUAAAAUCAAUUAUUAUUAUUAUAAUUUCAAUUAUAAUGUUAUUCAAUCAUGUAUUAUUCAUUUUAAUAAUAACAACUAUUCAAUUCAUUUUCUCUUAUUUACAAUUUGUAUUCCAUCCAUAUAAGAAAUUGACAGAUUAUAAAUUAAAUAAUUUUUUAAAUUUAUUACAAUUGGUAAUAUUGGUAAUGAUUGAUUCAAAACUUAUUGGUUCAAAUGAAUCACUUUUUAAUAUAGGUUUAUUAAUUACAAUAUUAACUUUUACAUUUUCUUUAAUAUUUUCAAUAAUUUAUUAUAAAUUUAUUAUAAAUUUAAAUCAAAAUAAUAAUAAAAAUAAAAAUUGUUAA